GAGCCCCUCCCCUUGCGUACGUAUUGAAAAUGACAGGACGCAGAACAGUGAUGCGAUUGUUCUGGCUUCUCUUUGACACAAGUUGAGAAAUGGUGUGCAGCCGCGAGUGAGCAGCCUGCGUACCGAGUGUUUUCACACUGUCCGAGAGAGGAGAUGUCAGCACGGCUGGAAAACACGCUCGGUGUGGCGGCCAGCUCCGUUUGACAGACUUGGGACGACGCUAAGCGGCUAGCCGUCUGAUCCACAUUAGCCUGUGUCGCUUCUUGGACGUCCUCGGUUCCUUAUCAGCUGCUUCAUACAUUACAGCUCCCGGUGUGUUUCAGGACCAAUACAAGGUCGAUAUAAUCAACCAGAGAGCGGUGUGUGUGUGUGUGUGUGUGUGCAGCUCGGUGGUGACGGCGGCGCCUCCUCAGCUAACCUGCGCGGAGCGGUGCUGCUGCUGGCUCCGUGGUUGUGUUGUGGCUCUGCCUCGCACUUCACUAGUUUCAGGGUGUUUUUUCUCCGCCAGCUGAAAACGUGCCACGAUGGCUCCGAUGGGUAUCCGGCUGUCACCGCUCGGCGUGGCCGUGUUCUUCCUGCUGGGGCUCGGCGUCAUCUACCACCUGUACGCCGGAGUCAUCUCCAACCGCCUGUCCGCCUUCAGACAGAAGAGAAAAGUGGAUCUGAGGAACCUGCUGGCUCUGUCAGUGGAGGCUGCGAUCAAAGGCGGCAUAGAGGUGAAGAGGGUGCGUGAGGACAACACCCUACAGGAGAGGUCAAAGGGAAAGACUAAAGAGGGAGCCAAUGAGUUUCUCACGCUGGGCGACCUGCAGUCUCAUAAGAAGAUGUAUUACCUGAUCAAGAACACCUACCCGGAGCUCACGGUGAACAGUGAGGAACAUGACAGCUCGGUGAAUGAGGGAGCGGUUUGGAGCCGGGACAUCCCAGCUGAGAUCCUGCAGAAAAUAGAGGAAGGGAAGGAGGUUCCUCCUGAGAGCAUCACCGUAUGGAUUGACCCUCUAGACGCCACACAGGAAUAUACGGAGAACCUGUUACAGUAUGUGACCACAAUGGUGUGUGUGGCGGUAGAUGGUAAACCAGUCAUAGGCGUCAUACACAAACCAUUCACUGGAUACACAGCGUGGGCGCUUGUUGGCCAGGGCUCAAACAUUCGUCCCCGGACAUCCUACAGUGUGAGCCCCCCAAAGGUGAUUGUGUCACGCUCCCAUGCUGGAAAAGUCAAAAGUUUUAUUCAGGACGCUUUUGGAAACAGCACUACCAUCAUACCAGCAGGCGGAGCGGGAUAUAAGGUCCUGUCACUGUUAGACACUCCUCCAGGUGAAAUAGAGUCAACAGACCAGGCAGACACCUACAUCCACGUCACCUACAUUAAGAAAUGGGACAUUUGUGCUGGCGCCGCUCUGCUGGCUGCUCUGGGAGGCCAGAUGACAACCCUACACGGAGAGCACAUCGACUACAGUGGGAACGAGGCCAACAAGCAAGGACUGCUGGCCAGUGUCGGUGUGGACCAUAAGGCGCUACUGGAGAGACUACCAAACUGGGACCCGGACAAGCACUGAUAGACACACAAGCCAGAGCCAUUGAUCGUUUGGCCAGAUUGUAGUGUGAGCUCCAUGUUGCUGCCCCUUCUCUAAAACUAAGAAGUGUUGCCUGCAAACAUGUAACCAGGCCUCCCACGGUCUCAUUGUGAUGAGACGCCCAACAUCUUUAAAAAAAAAAAAAAAAAAAAAAAAAAUUAAGUUGGAUUAGAGUCACCGUUUGCUAGGCAGCAGCCACCAAGCAGGAUUUUGGAGCCAACAUGGCUGCCAUUGAAAACUGCAGUGGCUGGACAUUCAUCAAUGGCUCUGAAUGCACACUUGCAUACACGCAUGUAGGAGAAACUAUGAUGCAUCCAUGUGAACGGACAUUUGAACACAUGCUCACAGCGAACACUGGACAGCAGUGACCCUCCCUCCCUUCCCCACCGCCAUCAGAGGUCAACACAGUGACAUUAAUGUGAACUGCUGAAGCUGGACCGAGGAGCACAAAGCUGCACAUGUAACAGCAGAGCCACAGAGUAAGAGACUGACAUCAUUUUUACCUUCAUCAUCGUCAGUCUCAUCACAGUGGAAAACAACGGCCAGUAAUUAAGAGAAACAUCACCUCCAUCCUCAUCAUCAUCUUUGUCGUCAUCAUCAGGCAGAGUAAUACACCACACAUUAUGGACAGACACUGUCCUCGUCUCAUCAUGCCAAAAGAGACAAAAAACUCCUGGCAGAUGUACCAUCCUGCGGCACGGCUAUGGGUCAGUGUUUGAGACUGAACAGAGACUCGCCCAAAGAGGAAACGAUGGGCCUCGUAGCCAAGGCGACCACUGUAACUGACGGUCAUUGAUCACGACGAGGCGCUUCACACGAGCGCCAGCCCACAGCCUGGCUCUUGUCUCUUAACUUUCCAUUACGCCACAAAAAUUCACCUCACUCUGUCUUAAUUGAUCCACUACUUGAAAACAAUCAUCUCAGGUGGGAGUACUUCAGUGCAAGAGUGACAGCGAACACCAUCAUCGUCCGGUGCCAGCUGCAAUACAAGUCACUCGGCAGUCCAUUUGCAACCCUGCAUAAGAGAUUUAAAUUCCUAUUCUGUACUGGGUUUUAUUGGCCUUGCCAACACUGUAAAUAGUGUUUUCUUAAAACUAUGCGUAGGGAUGCAAAGUGAGUCACAGGUGUGUGACCUGCUGUGUAAAUUAACCAUGUUUUAAUGAGCGUGGGUCAUAGAGUAAAUAAAUUUCUUGUUGGGUUCAAAAAAAUUAAGAAAACCUGCUGUAAAUCAAACAGAACUAUUCUGCUUCAUUAAACAGUUCCCUAUCCAAGAUGCAGUAUAAUCAUUAUAAGGUAAUAAUGGUAGUGAACAGAACAGUAGAGUGACUGAAAUGAGAGACAGGCUCAAAUGCAUUUUGACUUGAGCUUACUAUACCACGGUUAUGCAGGUUAGUGAAUGCAACAGAAAGAAACACAUAUUUCCUCAAACAUCACUCAGAUUUGGUUUAGUGAUUACCACUAACCACUGAUUGACAAAAUCCAGAAAAAGAUUGGAAGAUUGGAAAGUACAGCACUGCUAAUGCCUCCACGGUCAUUUCAAAUGACUAAAUAAUCACCAUGGCUAAAAUCGUGUAUUUUGCUGAGGAAGCUAAACUUUCUUGAAAGCAAGAGGAGAGAAAGAAAGCUCUUUGGUGAAAAGACCUAAGAAUGAACUGUCUUCUUACAACACUGGGUCGAGACAAACAGAAUAUUGUCUUCACCUGUACCGAGGCUGGAGAUAGACGUAGAUAGAUGCUUUCAUGUCACUGAUGAGACACAGUAAAACCUGAGGAUAAGUUUACACGUGUAAAGUAUUACACAAUCCAAUCAAAAGAAUCAAUGUGGCUGAAAUUCAACACAAGCACAGUACAUACCAGAGGCAUCCUGUUUGCCAUCCUGCCAGCUGCCACAUGCCACAUGUCUUUAUCAAACUCAACAUGUUGUAAAUACAUCAGACAAGAGCUGGCCUCAGAGUUCAAAAUGUCACCGUGCUGCCGCCUCUAAAGAGCCCCACCACCUCUCCAGCACCGACAGUACCAAUAACACACUUUGGGUUGCAUGUAUCCAAGAACGAUCUACAGGCUGGCACCAGGCUGACAACUGAACGGCAGCGUGCUCUCACCUCGGCUCACGUGGAUUUACAGUCACCAACAAGCCCCAUGCGAUAUGAAGAACCUCAUGAAUCACUUUCCAACUGAUUGCAAAAGGGGCAUAACAGAAGAAAAUCAUUUCUCUCCAGGAGCGGGAUUCAAAUAUUUGGAGUACUUGCCAAGUGGGGAAUAUCCUCUUAUGAUCUUCUCAUCCUCAGUCAAAUUCUGGAUAGUAUGGACAAUUUUGAAAAGGCUUAAAUUGAAAAUCACCCGAGUUAGACUGUCAGUUUUCACCAUUUCUCACCAUUUCCUUUUACUGAACAAUGCACUGUGGACUAUUCCAACCUGAAAAAUGCAGUGGCACAAAAACAUCAAUUGGUAGAGUUUUCUUGCUGACGUAUAGCACUAAAACAAGCUGCAAAAAAGUUAGACAGUACUGUGUGUGCUCUGCAGCACACGUACUUGCAUGGUUUGUAUUUUGAAUAACCUUGUGUUCUACUUCAACAUAUUUCAGUCGAAUGAAAAACUGGCCUCGCUGACUUCCGUUUCCAAGGUGGUCGUGUUGGUCCUUCUGUACCGUCUGAUGUAAUUGUCUCAGCGUGUUUGAACUAUUAUGCACAGCCAAUAGCUUUAGUGUUCGGACACGGAGCUUAAGGUUGGACUUACUUGCUGUCAAACCAUGUUGAAACAAUGACACCAGCAAAAAAAAAACGAAAAAAAGAACGAGUUCAGCUCACUGUCUUUACACUUGAGCUGUUGACUGCACAAGAAACAUGUCAGUGACCUGUUUCACCUCCGUUUGUGUUAUUGCUGAUAACCUUGUGAAGACAAAAAAAAGCAUGUAUAGCAGUGAAGAGGUUCAUGAGACCUUUAAUGCUCAUACGACGUGUUCUGCCAUAGAUGAUGACAAAUGUUGAUGACGAGAAGACGCCAUCAGCAGAUUAAAGGCCUAAUCUGGAAGAGGGAAGAAUCCAGUGGCUAUGUGACGACAGGGAAAUCUGAAUGCUUGCACAAUUUUUGCUAUAUUGCUUCAUUAGCCAUAAAAGUGAUCUCUCAUUAAAGCACCAGACCAGUGAUUUUGCAUGUGCAGCAUAAUACCUACAAAAUGAAUAUCUAGGGCCCACUUCAUGUUUCUGCAGUCGUAUUUUAGAACGCGGAUAUAAUUUUCCUUCCUUUUAUCCAACCAUUGGUUUCCAUUCAUUCCACUAGGAUACCAGAAAAUAGUCCCUGGGGAAACACAUGCUUUACACAACUUAUUACGGUUUGUUGCAGUGUAAACUGAGGGUAAAUUGCAGUAAACGGGCCAGACAUUCAGAAUCACUGGGAUGGGCCUUUAAGGUGUAGCUGUGGUUGGUAGGAUCUCAUAUUUAAUUUGACUUUUACAACAGAGGAGAUUCUGUCUUAACACAAAGCCAGAGCUGGUACACCGAUUCUAGAUUACGCCUUAAAUGGUUAACAGUAGAGUUUAUGACAGGAGUGCCUUUGAUCGGCAUGGGACAGCCUCAAUCUGGGAUUAGAAUGCAGUGGGAAUGAUGGCUCCCAUAUGCAGGGAUGACGCUGUGAUGGUAACAUGGUGAUCACAUGGACUGCCAAGCAUUACCAUUGGACUUGUGAGUGAAGGACUUGUUUCUUUGUUAAAGGAUACUGAAUAUUCAACCCUUCCUAUAUUUUUGACCUUUGUUAUGUUUAUAUAAAAGAACUAUUGUAAAGUAAAUACAAUUAUGAGAUAAUAAUAAUAAUGAUAAAGAUAAUAGAAGUGUAUGUGACCCUAUGGUGUAAUGAGGUUUGAGUUGAGACUGGACAGCUCAGUGAAGUCAACCACUUGUUGGCAUCACAGAGUACAGCCAGAGAGAGAGAGAGAGGUACUGGAAGGGCUUAAUUUAAUUUUAAUUUUUUUUUUUAUUUUCUGUAGUUUAGAUUCAUCCAUUUCUGCUGUAGCCAACAGACCAAUGAUGACAGGACUAACAGCAAACACAGAUUGUGAGAGUAAAGCAAUAUUGAUUUCACAGCUUUAGAUUUGCCCUGGUUCUGGUCUAAAAACAAACCAAAAAAAACAAAAACAAAAAAAACAAAAAAAAAACAACAGUUGUCAGAAACGGUUGAAUAUCUCCACUGACAAAAAUAUUAUCUAUCUAUAUCUGAUCUUGUCCAAAUGUUCAGUUUUGUUGUGUUUUGUGAUUUGGCCUAUAGCCUUUUCAAACUUGAUCACAACACUCCCUUCAUACUUUACCCCACCCCUCAAGCAAGUGAAAUGUCUUUCUUGUCCAGCCGGUUCUUCAUUCAAACUGGAACAAACACUAGACGUCAGAAUCCAAAACAGUAAGAACUCAGUGAAAAAGAUUUAGCAAACUUAUUAACAGUCUGUGUUUUUGACUGACCUUGGUGAAAUCAAGUUGACCUCAUUUUGUCUGUGUCAGUCCAUUGGUCUGUUUGUCUCUUUAUAUAUGUGAAUAUACAGUUUUGGUUCUUUAAUGGUUAAAAUUACACUGAGAGACAAAAGUGAA